AUGUCGAAGAUCUUCCUGCUGUCUCUCUUCUUGAUGGUGGUGGUUGUGAGUGCAGAGGAUGAAGUCAAAGGCUUCCUUUGCACCGGAUUUUAUGGUUGUGAGAGCUGCUGUGAGAGUAUAGCUGCAGGGUGUAAGAAGAAGAGUAACCCCUGGUUCCCAGGAUUCAUGGAGGUUUGCAGGUGCUCGUGUCCGAAGGGCACUUACUACAGUCCAAGAGACGACAUAAAGGAUAUGCAUGAGAUUCUCGACGCCCAUUUCACUAUCGAGCUCACUUCUGAAUUAGAAGCGAAGUCUACACCAGCUCUGCAAGAUCCAAAGACGUCGUCAGUGAAGAUAAAAGAAGAAAGAGUCAUUCAGAAGGCUAGAACCUACUUGAAACUGUUUCUUAAUACUUCUUCUAUACACGGAUUGAACCAUCUGGUGGCACCUCGAAGACAUCCUCUGGAAGUGAUUCUCUGGCUCACCGUAGUGGGCCUCUGUGUCUUCGGUUCCGUCUACCUAUCUCAGACGACGUGGUUGCGGUACCAGUCAUCUCCCACUGUUAUCUCCAUGGACCGCGACAUGUUCGCCUGGAAUACCACCUUCCCGAGCGUCACAGUUUGCCCCACCUCCAAGCUGGAUGAGAAGAAGUUAGCAGCUUAUCUCGAGAAUUCCCCUGAAUCCGAUAAAGAAGCCUUGGAAGCCUUCAUCAGAGCCAUAGCAAGUGCUACCUAUGAAACAUUUUACUUAAUACCAGAUUACGGGGGAAUAAGGCCUGACGAUUAUAUGGAGCUGCUGUUAAACCUCACACCACCUUUCAAUCCGACCCUAACCAUCGGAGUGGUGGGAGUAGCCCUUAACGUAAUCCCAACAAUCACUGAGAUGGGUUUAUGUUAUGCUAUGAACACUAAAGCGGCAGUUUAUAAUUCUCCAGCAUAUAGAGCAGCAAACAGAUGGGACGUCUUCAAACACUACAACCAAACCUUAUCCAUACACCCACUUGAUGGAGAGGUGUUCGCUCAAGUCAUCAAUUUCACUACGGCUUAUGACGUGUAUAUACACGGUCCAUUCGAGGUCGCAGACAUUUCCACUAAACAUCAGCAUUCGGAAAUAGGCUUUUACAUGAAACUGUACGUUACUUCGGUUACUGUGUAUACUGCCCCGGAUGCUGCUAAGCUGAGUAUUGCUCAGCGUCGCUGCAGAUUUCCUCACGAGAAUAACCUGAAGCACAACGCCAUCUACACGUACACGAUGUGCCGCAUGGAGUGUCGGAUACAACUGUGUUUGAAGCAUUGUAACUGCAUACCGCAUUUUUAUCGGAAAAUUGGCGGCGAAAAGAUAUGCGACGCCAAAGGAUUGCAGUGUUUGGGCUCGUUUGCGGAGGAGCUUAUUCAAUUAACUGACAAAAAAGGGAAGAGAAUUGACUGCGGCUGCGUCCCGUUGUGCGACGAUAUUCUGCAAGAGUGGUUCCUAGGUACUAAUCUGCAGUGGGGCAUGGUCACUUACCCUCGGAUGCGGUACCGCCGCGACAUCAUUUUUGGAUUUACUGAUGUCUUAGUUGCUGUGGGCAGCAUGGCUGGUCUCUUCCUUGGCUGCAGUGUCCUGAGCUUCAUGGAGAUCGUCUAUUUUCUAACUUUACGUCUCUUGUGCUAUUCUAGAGGGCAACGUUAA